AUGGAUCAAGAAAACCCAACAAAUAUUCUUGAGGUCCCUCUAAUCGUUCCAAGAUCAAGAACUGAAAAGGGUUGUGAUGUUUUUUGGGAAAGAAGAUGGGUUAAGAUCAAAUCGAGCAUUGCUUCAGAGCCGAUUUUAGAACUGAGGCAACAACUAAAGUUAGCAGGGCCUCUUUGUGUGGUCAGUUUUUUGCAGUACAGUUUGGAGAUAAUUUCCAUCAUGUUCGUCGGCCAUCUUGGAGAAUUCUCCCUUUCUGUUGCUUCAAUGGCGACCUCUUUUGCUUCUGUCACUGGCUUUAGCUUCAUGCUUGGAAUGGGAAGUGCAUUGGAAACCUUCUGUGGACAAGCUUAUGGAGCAGAACAAUAUCGUAUGCUCGGUGUACACACACAGAGGGCAAUGCUUGUACUCAUGCUUAUGGCUAUUCCUAUAUCUAUUGUAUGGACUUACACCAGAACUAUCUUCACUUGGUUUGGACAAGAUUUAGAAAUCUCAACUGAAGCCGGAUCAUACACACGAUGGCUCAUUCCAAGUAUUUUCCCUUAUGGGCUUCUUCAGUGUCAGUUCAGAUUCUUGCAGGCUCAAAGCAAUACACGAGUGUUGAUGAUAAGCACUGGAUUUACGAGCUUAAUUCACAUCCUUGUUUGCUGGAUUUUGGUUUUUAAGCUUGGUUUAGGCUGUCAAGGGGCUGCCCUUUCUUGUGCUGUUUCAUACUGGAUUAAUGUGUUGAUUUUAUCCAUCUAUAUCAAGUUUUCGCCUGCUUUUGACAAAACAUGGACCGGCUUUUCUAAAGAAGGGAUGGUAAAUCUUGGCGAGUUUCUUGUGUUGAGCAUACCAUCUGCACUCAUGGUAUGCCUGGAGUAUUGGUCCUACGAGUUUCUUGUUUUCAUGUCUGGCCUUCUUCCAAAUCCAAAACUUGAAACCUCGAUGAUGUCAGUCAGUCUCACUACAAGUUCGGUUAUCUUCAGAAUCCCUUAUGGUUUUGGGAGUGCUGUCAGCACGAGAGUUUCGAAUGAAUUAGGAGCCGGGAAACCACGGGCUGCACAGCUUGCAGCACGAGUGGUGAUGUUUCUGGCUGUUACAGAAGGGAUUCUUGUAAGCUUAUCUUUAGUUGCUAUUCGACAUAUCUGGGGCUAUAUGUUCACCAAUGAAGAAGAAGUUGUUAGUUAUCUGUCUUCAGUCAUGCCGGUUCUUGCCUUAUCCAACUUCAUGGAUGGAAUUCAGGGUGUUCUCUCAGGUACUGUAAGAGGAUGUGGGUGGCAAAAGAUUGGUGCUUUUGUGAAUCUUGGAGCGUAUUACCUUGUUGGCCUUCCUUUAUCUGUCAUCUUGACCUUUCUUUUGCAUUAUGGAGGAAUGGGACUCUGGAUGGGGAUCAUAGGAGGAAGCGGGCUUCAAGCAAUCCUUCUCUUGGUUAUUACUAUGCGCACGAACUGGGAACAACAGGCCAUAAAUGCACGAAAUAGGGUGUGUGGUACCAGCUUGCCUAAGUGA